AGAACACUAAAACGCAGAACCUCCUCUCUGUAACUCACCUGAGCUCACAUCAUCUGCCGUCAUGUCCAGCAACUGCUGCUCCAGAAGCUUCUCCUCCAGCUCCCUUGGGAGUGGCCUGCGGUACCCAGUCUCUUCCUGUGGCUCUUCCUACCCCAGCAACUUGGUCUGCAGCACUGACCUCUGCUCUCCCAGAACCUGCCAGCUGGGCUCCUCUCUCUACUUGGGCUGCCAGGAGACUUGCUGCAAACCCAUCAGGUGCCAGACUUCCUGUGUGAUGUCCAGUCCCUGCCAGAACACCUGCUACCGCCCAAUAACUUCCACACUCUUCAGUCCUCGCUGGCCAACUUACACUGGGUCUCUGGGCUGUGGUUCCAGUAGCAGCUGUUCUCUGGGCUAUGGAUCCAGAAGUGGCUACUCCCUGGGCUAUGGAUCUCGUGGCUUUAGACCCCUGGGUUAUGGUGCCUGUGGCUUCCCGUCCCUGAGCUAUGGAUCCAGAUUCUACUACCCCACUUACUUUCCUUCCUGCGGUUUCGAUUCAUCUUAUUACAGGCCACUCUGUAGAUCUGACUUAUGCUAACUAAUUUACUGUUAAGAGCAAAUACAUUUGAGAAUUAUAAAUCAUCUACUUAAAUUAUCCAUUGUCUUAACUCCCUCUAUUAGAAAGUCCUACAUCAUUGACUCCCUGGUCAUUGUCAACUGUUUACCACUCCAACCAUCACCACUGGUUGGGAGCUUAAUUGUCAAACUGCAGAAUGGAGGACUAACUACAGUAGAAUUGUUGAAAUCAUUAGUGAUGUUGCAUGAUCUUCCAAAGUAGAUGGAAAUUCAAAUCAUUUUAUUUCAAUAAACUCUUCAUGUUCUGAUCAAA